AAUUUUUCACUUUUUCAAGUAGUUCAAUUAUUGUCGUUUCUCAAAGUUGUUCGUUGAAUGAAAAAGAAAAAAUAAUUUAUUUUAUAAAUUUGUGUAUUAAAUGAGAAAAUUUUAUAGAACAUUAUAAUAAAUUCAAUAUUUGGGGAUAAAACGAACUGUGAAUAAUUUUAUUUUACUGACAAAUAAUUACGAAACGGCGAAAUUAAUUAUCGAAAGCGAUGACGACGGACAUUUCAAUUGUUCGAUGGGACCCUAGUCAGGGUCCAGGCAACGAAUACAUCGAUGAGUAUGAAUAUGAUGGAGGAAAUUCGAGUUCACGUCUCUUCGAACGUUCUCGUAUUAAGGCACUAGCAGAAGAACGUGAAAGUGUGCAAAAGAAAACAUUUACAAAAUGGGUAAAUUCGCAUUUGUGUCGCGUCAAUUGCAGAAUAGCUGAUCUGUAUGUUGAUAUGCGUGAUGGCAAGCAUUUAAUAAAAUUGCUGGAAGUAUUGUCUGGUGAAAGACUUCCAAAACCCACAAAGGGCAAAAUGAGAAUCCAUUGCUUGGAGAAUGUCGAUAAAGCUCUACAGUUUCUACGCGAACAGAGAGUACAUUUGGAAAAUAUUGGCUCACAUGAUAUUGUCGAUGGUAAUGCAUCGUUAAAUUUGGGUUUGAUUUGGACAAUUAUUUUGCGGUUCCAAAUUCAAGAUAUUACUAUUGAGGAGGUAGAUAAUAAGGAAACCAAGUCGGCCAAGGAUGCUUUAUUGCUUUGGUGUCAAAUGAAAACAGCUGGCUAUCAUAAUGUCAAUGUUCGAAACUUUACCACUUCGUGGCGUGAUGGUCUGGCAUUUAAUGCUAUUAUACACAAACAUCGACCCGAUUUAGUGCAAUUCGAAAAAUUGUCAAAGGCAAAUCCCAUGCACAAUUUGAACAAUGCCUUUGACGUGGCCGAAGAUAAACUCGGUUUGGCCAAACUAUUGGAUGCUGAAGAUGUAUUUGUAGAGCAUCCCGAUGAAAAAUCCAUCAUUACUUAUGUAGUAACUUACUAUCACUACUUUAGUAAACUUAAGCAGGAGACAGUGCAGGGUAAACGUAUUGGCAAGGUUGUGGGUAUUGCCAUGGAAAACGAUAAAAUGAUUCAUGACUAUGAACACUUCACAAGCGAUUUAUUGAAAUGGAUAGAAACAACAAUUCAAGCUUUGGGUGAGCGAGUUUUUGAGAACUCUUUAGUGGGAGUUCAAGGUCAGUUGGCGCAAUUCUCUAACUACCGUACCAUUGAGAAACCACCAAAGUUUGUUGAGAAAGGAAACUUGGAAGUUUUACUGUUCACUCUGCAAUCAAAGAUGAGAGCGAAUAACCAAAAGCCUUACACUCCUAAGGAGGGAAAAAUGAUUUCCGAUAUUAACAAGGCUUGGGAGCGUCUUGAAAAAGCUGAACAUGAACGUGAAUUAGCAUUGCGUGAAGAAUUAAUUCGUCAAGAAAAACUUGAACAGUUGGCAGCUCGUUUUGAUCGCAAGGCUUCUAUGCGUGAAACUUGGCUUUCUGAAAAUCAACGUCUUGUGAGUCAAGACAAUUUCGGUUUUGAUUUGGCUGCAGUCGAAGCUGCUGCUAAGAAACACGAAGCUAUCGAAACUGAUAUUUUUGCUUAUGAAGAACGUGUACAAGCUGUAGUGGCAGUGUGUGACGAACUCGAGUCGGAACGUUAUCACGAUGUCAAACGUAUUUUGCUCCGCAAGGAAAAUGUUAUGCGUUUGUGGAACUAUUUACUGGAGUUGCUGCGUGCUCGUCGUAUGCGCUUAGAGAUCUCUCUUCAAUUGCAACAGAACUUCCAAGAGAUGUUAUACAUACUAGAUAAUAUGGAGGAAAUCAAACAGUUGUUGUUGACUGAUGACUACGGCAAGCAUUUGAUGGGUGUCGAAGACUUGUUGCAGAAGCAUUCUUUGGUAGAAGCUGACAUAAACAUUUUGGGUGAACGUGUUAAAGUAGUAGUACAAAAUUCACAGAAAUUCCUUAGCGACGAUCCAGAAUCGUACAAACCAUGCGAUCCAGAGAUUAUUGUAAGUCGUGUACAACAAUUGGAAGAUGCCUAUGCUGAGUUAGUACGUUUGGCAGUUGAGCGUCGCAGUCGUUUAGAGGAAAGCCGUAAAUUGUGGCAAUUCUACUGGGAUACUGCUGACGAAGAGAACUGGAUCAAGGAAAAAGAACAGAUUGUGUCCACAGAUGAUAUUGGUCACGAUCUAACUACAGUCAACUUGUUGCUAAGCAAACAUAAGGCUCUCGAGUCCGAAAUCACUUCUCACGAUCCCCAAUUGCAAAAUGUGGCUAAAGUUGGUGCUGAACUCAUCACUGAAGGUCACUUUGGGGCUGAUAGAAUCAAGGAUCGCCUUAAAGAAAUUCUUUCUAAGUGGGACCAUCUUCUAGAUUUGACCAAGUAUAGACGUCAACGCCUUGAAAAUGCUGUGGAAUACUUCCAAUUAUUUGCUGAUGCUGAUGACGUUGAUAAUUGGAUGUUAGAUACAUUGCGUAUUGUAUCUAGCGAAGAUGUUGGACGUGACGAAGCCAAUGUUCAAUCUCUUCUUAAGAAACACAAAGAUGUUGCUGAUGAACUCAAGAAUUACGCCGAAGUUAUUGAUGCUUUGCACAAACAGGCUGAAACUUUGAAAUUGAACGAUACCGAAAAGGCUAACGUCGAUAAACGUUUAGAGGCUAUUGAUACUCGUUACAAGGAACUUAAUGAGUUGGCUAAAUUGCGCAAACAGCGCUUGUUGGACGCUCUCAGUUUAUACAAACUUAUGUCUGAAGCCGAUGGUGUCGAACAAUGGAUCAAGGAGAAGACUAAGAUGCUUGACACGAUGACACCUGGUAAAGACAUCGAGGAUGUUGAAAUCAUGAAACAUCGUUUCGAAGGCUUCGAUAAGGAAAUGAACGCCAAUGCCUCCCGCGUUGCAGUUGUAAACCAACUAGCAAGACAGCUAUUGCACGUUGAGCAUCCCAACUCUGAUGAAAUCCUCGAGCGUCAAAAUCAUCUCAACGAAGAAUGGUCUGCACUCCGCGAAAAGGCCGAAUCUAAGAUGGAUGAACUUAAAUCUGCUCAUGGUGUUCAAACAUUCUAUAUUGAAUGCCGCGAAACCAUUUCAUGGAUUGAGGACAAAAAACGUAUUCUUACUGAAACUGACAGUUUGGAAAUGGAUCUGACUGGUGUCAUGACAUUGCAGAGACGUUUAAGCGGCAUGGAACGUGAUUUAGCUGCAAUCCAAGCUAAACUUUCAAGCUUAGGAAAGGAAGCUGACAGUAUUGAAUCUGAACAUCCCGAAGAAGCGCAAAUCAUUCGUGACCGCAUUGCCCAAAUCGAACUCAUCUGGGAACAGUUGACACAAAUGCUUAAGGAACGUGAUUCUAAAUUGGAAGAAGCUGGAGAUUUGCAUAGAUUCUUGCGUGACUUGGAUCACUUCCAAACUUGGCUCACAAAAACCCAGACUGAUGUUGCCUCGGAAGAUACUCCAACAUCGUUGCCCGAAGCUGAACAGCUACUCAAUCAACAUCAAUCGAUCCGUGAAGAAAUUGACAAUUACACUGAAGAUUAUAAGAACAUGAUGGAAUAUGGAGAACGUUUGACUUCAGAAUCUAACACUUCCGAUGAUCCUCAAUAUAUGUUCUUGCGCGAGCGUUUGAAUGCUCUUAAAGACGGCUGGGAGGAGUUGCACCAAAUGUGGGAGAAUCGUCAAGUAUUAUUGUCUCAAAGUCUCGACCAGCAGCUAUUUAACCGUGACGCACGUCAAACCGAAGUGCUUCUCAGUCAACAAGAGCAUUUCCUUAGCAAAGACGAUACCCCAGUUAAUUUGGAACAAGCUGAAAACCAACUCAAACGCCAUGAAGCUUUCCUUACAACUAUGGAAGCUAAUGACGAUAAGAUUAACAGUUUAUUACAAGUAGCUGAUACUUUAGUAGAGAAGGAACACUUCGACUCUGAAAAGAUCGGUAAACGUGCCGAAAAUAUUGCCAGUCGUCGUGAUGACAACCGCAGAAGAGCCCUUGAGCAGCACGAAAAAUUAAAGAAUCAAGUCAAGUUGCACGAGUUCCUUCAAGAUUUGGAUGAAUUAUCUGAAUGGGUUCAAGAGAAAUACGUCACAUCACAAGAUGAAACCUACAGAAGUGCUAAGACCAUUCAUUCUAAAUGGACUAGACACCAGGCAUUCGAGGCCGAAAUUGGAGCAAACAAAGAACGUUUGUUUGAAGCUCAAAAGGCCGCCGAAGAAUUGUCGAAAGAAAAACCCGAAUUCAAGGACGUAAUUGAACCUAAAUUAAAGGAGCUUGGCAAACAAUUCGAAGACUUGGAAACUCACACUAAAGAAAAGGGUGCCAUGUUGUUCGACGCCAAUCGCGAAGUUCUUGUCCAACAAACUUGUGAUGAUAUCGACUCAUACAUCACAGAUUUGGAGAAACAAAUUGUUAGUGCGGAUACUGGCAACGAUUUAACAUCAGUCAACAUUCUUAUGCAAAAACAACAAGUCAUUCAAACACAAAUGGCUGUUAAGGAACGUCAAGUAGAGGAAAUCGACAAACAAACCGAAUACUUGAAGAAGACUGUUCCUGAAGAAAAGAUUGAACCGAUUGUCACUAAGAAGACUGCCGUUCUUGAUCGUUUCGAGAAAAUCAAAGCACCUUUGCUCGAGCGUCAAAAGCAAUUGGAAAAGAAGAAGGAAGCAUUCCAAUUCUGUCGCGAUGUCGAGGAUGAAAAGCUCUGGAUCAAUGAAAAACUGCCAGUUGCCAAUUCAAACGAUUAUGGCAACUCCUUAUUCAAUGUACAUGUUCUUAAGAAGAAAAAUCAAUCCUUGGCUACUGAAAUUGAUAACCAUGAACCCCGUAUUAAUGCAAUUUGUAAUAACGGCCGUAAACUCAUCGAUGAAGGCCACGAAGAUGCCAAGAAGUUCGAGGCCCUUAUUAGUGACUUGACACAGAAAUGGCAAGAACUUAAAGAUGCUGUCGAGAACCGCAAGAAACACUUGUUGGAGUCCGAAAAGGUACAACAAUACUUCUUUGAUGCUCAAGAGGCCGAAUCAUGGAUGAGCGAACAAGAACUGUACAUGAUGGUUGAGGAUCGCGGCAAGGACGAAGUCAGUGCCCAAAACCUAAUGAAGAAACACGAAAACCUUGAGCAGUCCAUUGAAGACUAUGCUAACACUAUUCGCCAAUUGGGUGAAGUUGCACGUCAAUUCAACAUCGAUGAUGUGUCAAGCGGCGACGCUGUAGCUGUCAAGCAAUCUCAGUUGGACAAAUUGUAUGCUGGUCUUAAAGAUUUGGCCGGUGAACGUCGUGCUCGCCUUAAUGAAGCCCUGCAACUUUUCAUGUUAAGUCGCGAAGUCGAUGAUUUAGAACAAUGGAUUGCCGACAGAGAAGUCGUUGCCGGUUCGCAAGAGUUGGGUCAAGACUUCGACCAUGUGACAUUACUUUCAGAACGUUUCAGCGAAUUUGCUCGUGACACAGAAGCCGUUGGUGGCGAACGUGUAGCUAAGGUCAAUAGCAUUGCCGAUAAUCUGAUUCAAGCCGGUCAUUCGGAUUCUGCCACCAUUGCAGAAUGGAAAGAUAAUUUGAACGAAUCUUGGCAAGAUCUUUUGGAAUUAAUCGAAACACGAACACAAAUGCUUGCAGCUUCCCGCGAAUUGCACAAAUUCUUCCAUGAUUGCAAAGAUGUUCUCAGUCGCAUUAUUGAAAAGCAACACGGAGUAUCCGACGAACUGGGAAGAGAUGCAGGAUCAGUAUCAACUCUACAGCGCAAACACCACAACUUUAUGCAAGAUUUAACCACAUUAUACGCCCAAGUACAACAAAUACAAGAGGAAUCCGCGAAAUUACAAGACUCCUACGCUGGAGACAAAGCAAAGGAAAUUACAAAUCGCGAACAGGAAGUUCUGCAUGCCUGGGCGAACCUACAGGCUAUGUGCGAUGCCCGCAAACAGAAACUCGCCGAUACCGGUGAUUUGUUCAGAUUCUUCAACAUGGUACGUAUACUGAUGAUCUGGAUGGAAGAUCUUGUACGUCAAAUGAACACAUCAGAAAAACCACGUGACGUGUCGGGCGUUGAACUCCUCAUGAACAACCACCAAAGCCUGAAAGCUGAAAUCGACACACGCGAAGAUAACUUCUCUGCUUGUAUAUCAUUGGGCAAGGAAUUGCUGACGCGAAAUCAUUAUGCCUCCGGAGAUAUUAAGGAUAGAUUACUACAAUUGAAUAACAGUCGAAACGCUUUGUUAAGAAGAUGGGAAGAACGUUGGGAGAAUUUGCAAUUAAUUUUGGAAGUGUAUCAAUUUGCUAGAGAUGCUGCCGUUGCUGAAGCUUGGUUGAUUGCCCAAGAACCUUAUCUAUUGUCAUCAGAACUGGGUCAUACCAUAGAUGAAGUCGAAAAUCUUAUUAAGAAACAUGAAGCAUUCGAAAAAUCUGCCGCCGCCCAAGAAGAGCGUUUCAGUGCACUUGAGCGUUUAACAACAUUUGAGCUUAAAGAAAUGAAACGACGCCAAGAGUUAGCGGAAGAAGCGGAAAGACAACGCAUCAAGGAAGAAAUGGAAGCAAAGGCUGCUGCUGAGGCCGCUGAGCAAGCCAAACGUGAAGCCGAAAGACGCGACGUCGUUGAUGUUGCAGCAUCUGAAGAAGCAGCUGCUGUCGUCGAUAUCGCAGCUGAAGUCGAACGUACCGCAGAAACACAGACAGAACGUGCUGGUGCUAGUGGAGGCGAAGCUCAUGAAGGCUAUUUGACGAGAAAACAUGAAUGGGAGUCCACAACAAAGAAGGCAUCUAACAGAUCAUGGGAUAAGGUGUAUACAGUUGCCCGAAGUGGACAUUUAUCAUUCUUCAAAGAACAAAAGGGUUAUAAGAGUAAUCCUGAAUUGACUUUCCGCGGAGAACCAGUGUAUGACUUACAAAAGGCUUCAGUUGAAGUUGCCAGCGAUUACACUAAGAAGAAGCAUGUUUUAAGAAUAAAACUUUCAAAUGGUGGCGAAUUCUUAUUGCAAGCCCAUGAUGACAAUGAAAUGUCGCAAUGGGUCGCGGCCCUUAAGGCCCAAUGCGACUCGGCAGCUGUUGCAGAAAGUAGAUCCCAGACUUUACCAGCCACAUCGCAAAAGGACGAACCAAAGCGUAGAUCAUUCUUUACUUUAAAGAAAAAGUAAGACAUCAUAACAACAAUAAUAUUACACAACACACCCACACCAUACACUGCAACAUUUAUUUAAUGCUUAAAUAAAGAAGUAAAAAUAUAAGAUUUAAUCAUUAAAUGGAAAUAAUAAUAUAUACAAAUAUUAUAGUUAUUUAUAUUGCUUAUAUAUACAUAUAUAAUAAUAUAUAUAUAAAAGAAAAUCAAGUGCACGAUGAAAACAAAAAUGCUGCUAUUAAAUUUAAUCUUACGUAUAUUGUAUCUUAUUUAUUAUUUAACAAACAAACAAAUAAAUAAAAAAAAUCGAAACACAAAAA